CACUCAGGCACGUUCCCUGCACCGAAACGGCACUCCAUCGAGGUCGCACAUCUAAAAGCGCAACAGACAUCUUACCAGCCCGCGGGUCUUGCAGGGCGCACAUCGCCAUCAGCAACGCCAUAGCCAUGGCAGUACUGUGCGGUCAGCAAGGCCGCGGCUGUGCUGGCGGGAACAGGGCACCUGGACGCGCGCGGGCCGCGGGCUCAGUUAUCCUGCUCAUGCUCGGGCUAGCUCUGGCGUUGGGGCCGUCCACGGCAGCGGCUGGGUUGCUCGAUCUGGGCGCCUCAGCCUCCACGUCCGUGUCACCAGCGCGCCGGAGCCUGCUGCAGCAAGUGAAGCCAGCGGCGGCGGGACCGCCUGCCGGCUGCUUUGACACCCGCACUGUGGUGGCGUACGCGGGAAGUGGCGGCGCGCCCGACCUCAAAGAGGUGGCGUCGGCGCUGCCGUUCGACACGGGCUCGCAGCUUCUGCCGCUGGGCUCUGGCCAGGCGAUGCUGCUGGACCUGGAGGCGGGCGGGCCGUGCACUGUGGGGCUGACGUCGCUUCCCGGCGCCCUGCUGUUGUACGACAACGGCACGCUGGAUCGCUCGCUGCCCCUGCUGGCGGGACUCAACGCUGUGGGCGGCAGCCUCAUGCUGUACGGCAAGGCGGGCCUGGGCGACGGCGGACUCAAGAGCCUACAGCCACUGCAGGCUGUUGCGUCCGCCAAGAACCUGCUCAUCUACAACAUGGACGCUCUGGCCGAUCUCAAGGGUCUGGAGGCCAUCCGCGCCCUGCCCGGCCAGCUCAUCGUGUCAGACAACGCCCGCCUGCGCUCGCUCAAGGGCCUGGACGGCCUGACGUCUGUGGGCGGCGACGUGGCGCUGCUGAGCAACCAGGCGCUCACUAGCGUGCAGGGCCUAGGGAACCUGCGCACCAUCGGCGGCCAGAUCGUGGCCAAGGGCAACGGCAACCUGCGCGACCUGCUGCCGCUCACCUCCCUCACCUCCCUCAGCCGCCUCACACAGACCAACAACGGCGACAACAGACUGGAGCUGCCGCCCGCGCUGGAGGCGCGUUUUGGUGCAGGCGGCUCCGCAGCGGUGGCGACGGCGGCGGCUGCAUCUAGCGGCGGUGCCGGCCAAGGCACGCGGGCCGACCCGGAUGCGUCGGUGGUGCUUGUGUACGCGGGCCAGGCGCCUGACCUGGACGAUGUGAACGUGUGGCUACAGGACUUCAUGCCGCCCAUGGACAAGGACAAGAUCGACAUACGACCGUACAACACGCGCCUGGUCAACUUGUACGGCACCGGCGGAGAGGUCAAAAAGCUCGGCGUCAUCACCGGCUCACUGGUGGUCUGGAGCAACGGCGAUCUGGGCAAGGGGCUGUGGCCGCUGGCCGGUGUGACGGCUGUGUACGGGGCGCUGGUGGUGGUGGGCGCACCGGACAGGAGCAGCGUGCUGGAGACACUGCAGGGACUGGACAACGUGCAGUACGCGGGCACAGUGGGCAUCCUCUCGCUGCCGCGCCUGAAGGACUUCUCCGGGCUGGGAUCUCUGGCGGCCCUGGGCGGCGACUUCAACGUGCUCUUCUGCCCCGCGCUCGCGUCCAGUCGCGGGCUGGGGCCCCUGACCUCGGUGUUCAGCGACCUGUGGAUCCAGGGCUGUGACUCGCUCAAGGACUUGGAUGGAUUCAAGGCCGUGAGGAGCAUCGGUGCCUCCCUUCACCUGGACCGACUGGCAUCUCUAUACAGCCUGGACGGCCUGGGCGCCCUGGAGUCAGUGUACGGCGAGGUCCUGAUCAAGAAGUGCAGCUCGCUCAGCUCCACCUCAGGACUCAAGUCCCUCACCUACGUCGGCAAGUCCGUGGCUGUGCUGUGGGACCAGCAGCUGGCGGACCUGUCUGGGCUGUCCCGCCUCAAGUCAGUGCCGUCCGACGUCAUGCUGUCCGGACUGCCGGCACUCACCAGCCUGGGCCAGCUGUCGGGGCUGGGCAGUGUGGGGCUCAACCUGGUCAUAUCCGACAACGCCGGACUCAAGGACCUCAGCGGGCUAGGGUCGCUCACGCGUGUGGGCGGGCUGCUGUCUAUCGCCAACAACAACGGCCUACAGUCGCUGAAGGGCCUGGAGGGACUGCAGUCAGUGGGCGGGCCGGUUAACAUUGCCAACAACCCCAGCCUGCCCGGGGACAACGCAGAGGCGAGCCGCCUCCGCGGUCUGGCGCAGGGCAGCGGCGGUGGCGGCGGUAGCAGUGGCGGUGGCGGCAGCGGUGCACAGCAAAAAAAGUAAGCAGCACGGAGCAGCACGCUUCAGGUAGAUUUGACUGACGCAUUCAGGAAGAUUUGCAUAACAAUACGGUAACAAUACGGUGCGCAGGGGAUGAGAGUUAGGCAUGGGUGCAGUAUGCCCCCAGUCGGUCGGACACAGCCUGUAGAUGAGCUGUAGAUGAGCAUUAUGGGCUGAGAUAAUGCCAAGUAGGCCCGGAAGCCACUGGGAAAGGUGAGACUCUGGCCAGUGUGGCCACUGCGGUAGCAGGCCGGGGCCCGCGGCCGGUGCGUGGGUGAGGCGUCUAUAUGCAGUAUGGCACACCGGCUUGUAAGUAAUAGCGGAC